AUGGAGAACGCAUGGGAAACACACAAGGACAUUAUGCGACGGCUCUUUUUGACGGAGAAAAUGUCGCUGAGAGACGUCAUGGACUACAUGAAGAACACAUACAACUUCCAGGCAAGCAAAGCACAAUACGAGCGCCAAUUCAAGAAAUGGAAGCUCCGCGAACACCUGAAAAGCUCUGACUGGAGGGCUAUACGUCGCCGUAUCGAGAACCGAAGACGAAGGGGCAAGAAGAGUGACUUGUACGUUGACAGUAUUUUGAUCAAAGGGGACAAAAUUCGCAAGGAGACUUCACGACAUGACUGGCCCACGGUGCAAGAACGUUACGGCCAAGGUACUCUUCACAACCCUCUUGUACAUGACUUGAGAUACUCACCUUCGCAGCACCGAGCCCAAAGACACCGGAAGAGGUUUACAUCUGCACGCCUCCAGCCCUGUCAACGGACAAUUAUCUGUUGGAAAAUCUUCCGUGGUUCCAGUUCCAAAGCCAUAUUGAUCCUGAAGGUGCUUAUGCCACGGAUUCUAGCUGCUUAA